AACGCCUCAUUGUUGGCCGACACAUAGAGUGAAGCAACGAGGACAUGUAAUAAAUUGUUGGCGGCACUCGAACAAAUAGUCAAUUUACCAAGCUAACACUUAUUUGCAUUACCAUUGUUUUUAUUAUCAGCAGAUAUCUGCAUCCUCUCCCACGACGGGCCGGCCGGUGUAGUCGCCAAGUUAGCCUUGUUAGCACGGAAAUCAUUGUCGUUCUAAAGCGGCUCUCUCGUUCACUCUACCCGGCGGCGACAAUCAGGCGGAGGGACAAAAAGGAGGAGAGUUCCCCUGUGGGUGACGGAUCGGACGACGAAACAUGGGGAGGAAAUCCAGCCGAGCAAAGGAGAAGAAAGCACGGCGUCUGGAGGAGAGAGCGGCGAUGGAUGCCGUCUGUGCCAAGGUGGACGCCGCCAACAAGCUUGAUGACCCAUUGGAUGCCUUCCCAGCCUUCAAAAAGUACGACAGAAACGGUUUGAACCUGCAAAUCGAGUGCAAACGAGUGACCGCCCUCAACCCGCUCUCCGUGGAGUGGGCCUUUGAACUCACCCGCGCCAACAUGCAGACGCUCUAUGAGCAGAGCGAGUGGGGCUGGAAGGAGCGGGAGAAGCGGGAGGAGAUGAAUGACGAGAGGGCGUGGUACCUGCUCGCCCGUGACGGCGACUCCGCCCCCGUGGCUUUUUCUCACUUCCGGUUUGAUGUGGAGUGUGGGGAGGAGGUGCUAUAUUGCUACGAGGUGCAGCUGGAGAGCAGAGUGCGGAGGAAAGGGCUUGGCAAGUUCCUCAUCCAGAUUUUACAGCUCAUCGCUAACAGUACACAGAUGAAGAAAGUGAUGCUGACUGUUUUUAAACACAACCACGGGGCGUACCAGUUCUUCAGAGAUGCUCUACAGUUUGAGAUGGACGAGACCUCGCCGAGCAUGUCCGGUUGCUGUGGCGACGACUGCUCCUACGAGAUCCUGAGCCGGCGGACCAAACAUGGGGAGGCUUCCGUGGGUCACAGCCACGGUGGCGGUCACUGCGGCGGCUGCUGCCAUUGAUGGGUUCGUCUCCAAAAGGCAGCAGGUGCACAGCGGAGUGUGACCGCUUCAUCAGUUUUUGUUUGUUUGUUUUUAAGUUUUUAAAUGGGCCGCUCCACUGAGAGUUGUGCACUGUUACAGAUGGAGAUAUUUCAGAGUGUUUUCCUGCUGUAAAAGCAGCAUGUGAGCAUUUCUGUCUUUUUGUUUCUUUUCCCAGCUUCUCAUUACAUUGUCACUGCGAUAGACCUCGUCUUGUCCCAUCUUUUUAACAAACACGGUUAGCAGCUCCAUCCCCCCUCUAUCCAGGUGGCAACCAUGUACAGUUGAAGCCGCUAUGAGACGACAACAUGAUGAUUAAUGCGUUUACCUCUUGUUCAUCUUCAUCUGCUCCGUGUGUAUCCCCAUUGUUGUGUUUUUCUGCCUCCUUGAGUGACAGAGUAUACUGUUAAGUGCACUCUCUUUUCAAGACCAUCCAAUCAAGCCUUUUAUGUUGUGACAGAUGCAAGGCUUUAUGUACAGCUCAUCAACAUGUGGGAGCAACAGUGCACCCCUUUCAUUUUCACAAAUGAGUCUUAAUGACAAUUGUGCCACAAUUAAGCAACGUCUCGAUUUCAUACAUCGUAACCAUGCCUUUUCCUCCCCCAAAUCUAAUAUGAAGAGGACCUAGAAUGGCAGCAGCAGAGGUGUAGUUCUUGUCCAUAUGUUUACAAAGCCUACAGGGUACAUUUGGAGUGCUUUUAAUCUGCAUCAGACCCAUAGGCCACCAUAAAAAAAAAGUUUCUAUUCUUUGUUUACUCAUCAGUGAAUUUAAACGUGGGCCUUUUGUAGCUACAUUAAGAUUAGCUCAAGGUUACACUGAGAUUACAUACUGAUUAAUGCCUUGUAAAAUGACGUGCAACUCUGAUACACAAAAGUGUUCAAGAUUCACUCCCUACAUAAGCUACAAUUAAAAAAAUUUGGAUGUUGUACAUAAUGAUGAUGUGUUCACUGACUGACUUGUUGGGACUUGGCCUGGUGGAGUCAGCUUCUGUUUUUUUCAUUCUGUUUUUAAAUGAACUGUGGAUAGUUGUAGUUGUAAUAAUCAAGCCCAUGACUUGCUCCUGCAAGUGAAAAUAUGACUCCUGUAUGUUUUUUUUUUAAAGGACGCUGGUUUUGUGCGCCAUUAAAAGUAUCCAAUUUUUAGAGUUCUCAUAUUUUUGGUGGAUAAGCUGUUACAUACCAACUUUCUCUGGAUCUUUUCUUCCCUUAGUAUGUAUACAUUCUAUAUAUGCUCUUGUGGAUUUCAUCUUGAGGUAAAAUAUUUCUAAACACGAAACUUUAAAAUUAUGUUAGACUGAUGCCGACAGUCGAUUCAUUCACCAAAAUGGAAGGGAAUCAAGUAAUUCUGCCUUGUCACUGUUUUGUUUGUAUGUUACAAAUAAAAUGAAGUUGUUUGACUUUUCAUAA